AUGAACAACCAGCACGAGAUCUCCGAGUCGGUCCCCGACUACCGGGGAGAGAGCCCCUCGACCCCCGACGACAAGAAGUCCUUCUCCGAGAAGGGCGAGUUUGAGGCCGCCCCCGUUCCCGCCCUCUACGAUGCCGAGAAGGCGUCGGUCAAGGAGUACGAGGUCGAGGACAUCCACAGCGGAAAGCAGUUCGACGAGCACUACUUCCCCGAGGAGGGCCAGCAGCUCACUGUCCGCGCUCUGACUGUCGGCACCCUCCUGGGAUGCGUCGUCGCCGCCUCCAACGUCUACCUCGGCCUCAAGACCGGCUUCACCUUUGGCGCCUCGCUCUUUGGUGCCAUUCUCGGUUUCGCCGCCCUCAAGUUCCUUGGCCGCGUCCUGCCUCCCAAGUUCGGUGGCGGCUUCUUCGGUCCCAAGGAGAACUGCACCGUCCAGACCUCGGCCACCGCCGCCGGUUCGCUCACGGGCAUGUUCGUCGCCGCCGUCCCCGCCAUGUACCAGCUCAACCUGCUCAGCCUGAACCCCAUGGACGACUUUGGCCGCCUGCUCUCGUUCUGCGCCGUCUCGGCCUACUACGGAGUCUUCUUCGCCGUCCCGCUGCGCAAGUUCUACAUCCUCAAGCAGAGGCUCGUCUUCCCCACCCCGACCGCCACGGCCUUCACCAUCCGCUCGCUCCACGUCCCCGGUGGCGAGGAGACGGCCAAGAAGCAGGCGCGCGUCCUCAUGAUCGCCUUUGCCGCCGCCUUCACCUUUGUUGUCGUCAACCAGUACGCCUCGGGCAUCCUCAUGGACUGGCACAUCUUCUACUGGCUCUACUCGUGGGGCUGGAAGAAAGCGCUCGUCGUCGACAACUGGGGCUGGUACAUCGAGCUAACCCCGGCCUUCUUCGGCGCGGGUAUGCUGUCCGGCAUGAACGCCUCGUUCUCGUUCUUCGGCGGCUCGUUCCUCAUGUGGGCCGUCAUCGGACCCGCCAUCGUCGCCACCGGCCAGGCCAUGGGCAAGCAGUCCAAGGUCGAGCCCCUGCGCUGGAGCUACACCAGCAUGUCGUUCGACCCCAGCAAGCAGCCCCUCAACGCCGCCUCGCCCCGUUACUGGGGUCUUUGGGUCGGUGUCCUGAUGAUGUUUGCCUACUCGUUUGCCGAGCUCGGCAUGAACGGCCCCACCAUCUACCGCGGCAUCCGCGGCGCCGUCCUCAGCACCUACGACCAGAUCCGCCGCCGCCCGGUGCGCGAGUUUGAGGCCGAGAUCCCCGACCCUGUCAAGAAGGAGGACCAGAUCCCCGGAUGGGCCUGGAUGUCCGGCCUGCUCCUCUCGAUCAUCUUCACCUGCGUCGUCUGCUGCGUCCAGUACCACAUGAACCUCGGCAACGUCAUCCUCGCCAUCGUCCUCGCCUUCCUCUUUGCCUUUAUCGGCGUCCAGUCGACGGGCACCACCGACACCAACCCCGUCGGAACCGUUGCCAAGGCCAGCCAGCUCAUCAUCGGCGGCUGCCUCCGCGGCCAGGGCAAGACCGGCAACGGCGCCCUCCUCGAGAACCUCCUCGCCGGCUCCAUCGCCUCGUCGGCCGCCGGCCACGCCGUCGACAUGGUCGGUGACCUCAAGACCGGCCACCUCCUCCGCGCCAAGCCCAAGAACCAGUUCUGGGCCCAGGUCAUCGGCUCGUUCUUCUCCAUCUUCCUCUCGACCGGCCUCUUUGUCCUCUUCGCCAAGGCCUACCCCUGCAUCAUCGACGCCAGCCUCGCCGACGAGUGCUCCUUCCCCGCACCCGCCACCGCAGCCUGGAAGGCCGUCGCCCUCGCCGUCGUCUCCCCCAAGCUCCCCGUCUCGCUCUCGUCCGGUCUCACCGCCAUCGGAUUCGCCAUCCUCGCCGUCAUCACCGUCGUCGUGAAGCACCUCUGGAUUCCUCAGCGCCACCACAAGUGGGUUCCUAACUGGAACGCCAUUGGCCUCGGCUUCGUCGUGCCGCAGACGUACUACCCCAUCGCAAUGUGCUUUGGCGCUACUUUUGCACUCGUGUGGAGCAAGAAAGGACCAAAGUCCUUCGGCUCCUUUGCCGUUGCGCUUGCGGCCGGUAUGGUCGCGGGCGAGGGAAUGGGCGGUGUCAUGAACGCCGUGCUCACCAUUGCUGGUGCUGGUGGUCUGGGUGACCCCUACGGCAGCCUGGUCGGUGUUCCCCCGUGGUAG